AUGGCAGCUUUGCAAGUGGCCUGGCAAACUCUGAAGGCACGACCUGUAGCCGCGUCUGCAGUCUUAGCGGCUGGCGCUGCUGGUGCUUACUGGUGCACCCAAAAUCUCCUCCCCACAGCGCAAGCAGAGUCCCUUGAGACCCCAAAGGUCUUUGGUGGCUUGAAGUUUACUACCUUACGCUUACGAAGCUCCGAAGCGAUUAAUCACAAUACUAAACGUCUGGUAUUUGAAUUCCCAGACGAGAAUGCGCAGAGCGGACUGCCUUUGACGGCGGCGCUUUUGACAUUUUCAAGGCCUGAAGGACGGUGGUUGCCCGUCCUCCGUCCAUACACCCCCAUCAGUUCGUUAGACCAGACUGGCUCUAUUGAACUGAUGGUCAAGCAAUACCCGAAUGGGACAGCCAGCACUCACCUCCACUCUCUUCAACCUGGAGACAGCCUGUCAUUCAUCGCGACUUUAAAAGCCUUCCCGUGGGUUCCGAACAAGUUCUCCCAAGUGUAUCUCAUUGCUGGGGGCGCGGGAAUCACUCCGAUCUACCAGCUCAUUCAAGGGAUCUUGAAUAAUCCAAAUGACAAGACAAAGAUCAACCUCGUUUUUGGGGUCAACACGGAGCAGGAUCUGCUCCUCCGAGACGAGCUGGAGCAAUUCCAUGCCCGCUUUCCCGAUCGCUUCAAUUACCUCUAUACAGUGAGCCGCCCGGUUGAGAACAAUUCCUCUCUGCGCAAGGGAUAUGUCACAGCGGAGCUUCUCAAAGAAGUGGUCAAAUCGACCGGCGAGGAUACCAAGGUCUUUGUGUGUGGCCCGCCCAGUAUGGAAAAUGCUCUGGUGGGCACAAGAGGGACUCCUGGUAUUCUGUCCCAGCUGGGGUUUACCAAAGACCAAGUAUACAAAUUUUGA